AGUAAUUGCCUAGUUGUGUAGAAGUAGUAGUCCAAAACUCAUCCUACCAGUAACGACACAGAUAAAAAUGGACAGCUCGCCUAAGAUAGCGGUAUUAGGAGCCGGAGUAGUGGGUAUGACCGUGGCGAAAAUAUUACUGCAAGAUCUCAGACACGCUAAUAUCACAAUUUUAGCUGAUAGCUUCAGAGAAGACACAGUCAGUAACAUCGCAGCGGGUAUCUUCCGACCGGGCACCAGUUUUAAGGGACCUACGAAAGAGAUAACAAAGAAAUGGAUCGAUAAUUCCUGGAACUACUGGCACGAUAUAUUAAAAACAUCCGAGGCUCAUAAAGCUGGUAUCAUGACAUUGGGAACCUACAUAUUCUCGAAGGAAAACUAUCACGUUACGAGGAAUCAUCUAAUCGAAGACAUAGUGCCUAUUUAUAGGGCAGUUGACGAAGACGAGCUCAAAUUGUGCGGCGAGGGAUGGAAAUAUGGAUCGUAUUUUUCUACGGUCAAAAUUGGAUGCGAUAAAUAUCUACCGUGGGUUGAAAAAUCGUUUACCGAAAACGGAGGAAAAAUUACGAGGGCGAAAAUCGAUAACUUCGCAUCACUAAAUUCGAAAUUCGAUUUAGUUUUCAAUUGCACCGGGAUGGGCGCGAAAACGUUAUGUAACGAUUACGAUUUAGUGCCGUUACGAGGUCAGGUCGUCAAAGUUACGGUCCCAUCAUUAAAAACAGCGUUUUAUGGAGACUAUGACACCUAUAUUAUCCCUGGUAUGGAUGGUAUUGCCACUUUGGGUGGGGUGAGGCAAUACGACAGUUAUAAUCGAGCAGUUUGUAAACAUGACGCAGCGGCUAUUUUGGAAAGAUGUUACGAUCUUUUACCAUUUUUGAAAGGUGCAGAAAUUGUAGCUCACAGAGUCGGAUUAAGGCCACACAGGGUUCCUGUAAGAGUUGAGCCGGAGAUAAUUGGCGGUGCGAAGGUGGUUCAUUGUUACGGUCAUGGAGGUUACGGUGUUAUGUGCGCUCCAGGAACUGCUAUGGAUGCAGUCAAAAUGGGUAUUGAUAUUCUGAAGAGUAGAAGUAAAAUAUAAGAAUAAAGAAUUGAAGUGCCAUAUCUAUAUUACAUACGCUUUAUUAAUAUAAUUAUAAUUUGAUAAAUAGAUAAAAAAAAUAAAGAGUUUAUAGUAUAGUAAAAA